AUGUUCAGCAGGAACCUCCUUCGCCAGGCCACCCGUGCCGUGGCUCCCAUCCGCCCAAUUGCCAUGUCGGCAAGAACUAUGUCCGCCACUCCCUUCUUACGCGACGAGGAGAAGCCCAUCCCUCAAGAGAAGGGCGAGCACGUUGGUACCUUCUCCAGAACCGACGACUCCAUCGAGAUCCCCUUCGACGAAAAGGCCGUGCCCAAGCAAGAGCCUGUCCAAGGUCGUGGAGGCUUCCACUUCCAGAGAACCCUUGCUUCUUUCUCCCUCGAGGGCAAGACCGCCCUCGUCACUGGUGGUGCUAGAGGUCUGGGUCUGGUCAUGGCCCAGGCUUUGGUUGUUUCCGGAGCAGACGUCGCCAUUGUCGAUCUGAACAAGGAGGAAGCCGAGAAGCAGGCAAAGGAGCUGGUCAAGGUCUUCAAGGACGAGAACCCGGGCGCCGACAGAGUGCCAAAGGUCACCGGUCACUACUGCGAUGUCAGCGAUGAGAACUCCGUCGAGAGCGUCCUCUCAGACGUGAUUAACCAGCACGGAAAGAUCGACAACCUUGUGACUUCAGCAGGCUUUACCGAGAACUUCGACGCCAUCAAGUACCCCAUCGACCGUGUGAGAAAGCUCUGGGGCGUGAACGUCGAUGGCACUUAUCUCUUCGCUACCGGUGUUGCUCGUCACCUCAUGGAACGCAAGGCUCCCGGAAGCAUAGUAUUCAUCGGUAGCAUGAGCGGCGCCAUCGUCAACGUUCCUCAGCCUCAGGCUCCUUACAACGCAUCCAAGGCCGCCGUCCGUCAUCUUGGUCGCUCGCUGGCAGUCGAGUGGGCCCACGCCAACAUCAGAGUCAACGUCAUCGAGCCUGGUUACAUGCUCACUGCAUUGACCGAGAAGAUCUUGAACGAGAACCCUGAACUUGGUAAUAAGUGGACUAGCUUGAUCCCUCAGGGCAAGAUGGGCCGUCCUGUUGAUCUCAUGGGUCCUGUUGUCUUCCUAUGCAGUGAUGCAUCGAGCUAUGUCACUGGUGCCGACCUUCGCGUCGACGGUGGUUACACUUGCACUUAA